CAUCGGAGUUCCCUUCCAGUGGGACGCCGGACGACGGCAGGAGUGGCUCUCUUUCAGCCCCGGCGGAGGACGGACGGAGGAGGGUCUCGUAUGCGACGCUGGUGUUGCGACCGCGGGAAGCGUCGAUCAUCUAGAUGGAUUCGGAAGACUUUCGACGAGAAUUGGUCCGUCGGACCCAUAGGGUCGACUAUGGUGCGCUAUACAGGUAUCUUCUAUUCGGCUUUCCUCCGGUAGGGCUUCGUCUCUUCUGGGAAGACUAUUACAGCGCCUAUCGCCAUUGGGCCUCGGGUGGUCCCGGGUCUGGUCACGUUGUUGUAACGUGUGUUUUUCCAUCGGGCCGGAGGCUGGUCAGUUGGGCUAAUAGGCUAACGAUGCGAUCUUCCUGUCCGAAUUCCCGGGAUUGUUGUCUUCAUCUGGAUGGUAUUGCGCAGCGGAGCAUGGUGAUGAAGUCCAAACCUUGCGUUGCCGUAUUGACAUUUAUGGCACAUCAUGUCUGUGACGGGUCUAGUUCACUGCUCGAUUGGGUUUCUUCCUUGUUGAGAUCGUCUUCAGGGAGUGCCAUCGACUACUUGGAGCUUCGUGUGGCGGAGUGGGUUCCAAAGGAGCAGUGGAUUGCUUGGUGCAUUCGCCAAGAGAAUGAGUUGACUCGGUCGCCUAGUUGGCAGGAUGGUGAUGCCUGGUUUGGACCUCUUCCCUUUCGAUCUACUGUGUGAUGGCCUGCUGCUUGGGAAGCGGUUGGCACGAAUGACAGCGAC